AACACUCGUACACGAAUGAGUAGUUAUGAUAAGUUACGAGUUUUGCUGAGCGGAGUAGUGGAUCAACGUUUUUUUGCGGUACCCCUGUGCUACUCCACAUCAUUCAUCAAAACUUUGAAUACUUACUUAGAAUCAGGCGAUCAACUAGGGGCUGUGGUGACGGGAAAAGUUAUGAAAACUUGUGGCUUUUUAGAAGUAACCGGAUGCAUUUUUGCAUUACACUGGAAAACCUGUUACAGUUUUUAUCUAGGGCACUCCUCAUCCACCAUGGUCCAGAUGGGCGCGAAGACGACGACCAUAACGGAGUGCGACAUGUUACAACAGGAGACACACCUGUUGAAGGACGGCCAAAAUGAACAGGUGACGACCAACUACGACCGAGAAGAGUCGCAAUUCCCAGUCAGCAAGCAAGAAAUCAUAUGGACGAACGUCGUGUUCAUCACUCUGUUGCACGUCUUAUUCGUAUAUUGUUUUUGCAACUACUUCUUCUCCACGAAAUGGCAGACAUACGUAUGGUCUUUUAUAGUCGGCGGUAUUGGUGGAUUUGGAGUUACCGGCGGCGCACAUCGAUAUUUCACACAUAGAUCGUUCAAAGCGAAAUUACCAUUACAACUAAUACUCAUAUUGUGUUACACAGUAUCGGGACAGAACAACAUACCGGAUUGGGUUCGCGACCACCGAGUGCAUCACAAGUUCAGCGAGACGGACGCCGACCCACACAAUGCAAACAGGGGCUUCUUCUUCUCGCAUGUCGGUUGGCUGAUGCAACGCAAACAUCCCGAGGUCUACAGAAAGGGCAAGACCAUCGACAUGUCUGACAUCAACAACGAUCCACUGGUAAAGUUUCACACCAAGCACUUUUUACUGUUCAAGAUGUUGUUCUGUUUCAUUAUACCCGUUUUGAUAUCGGUGUACGCGUUGAAUGAAAACUGGGCGGAAGCCAUCAGCUCACUGGCCGUUGUCCGAUACGUGUUGAACUUGAACUUCACGUGGUCCGUCAACAGCGUAGCUCACAUCUGGGGAAGCAAGCCGUAUGACAAACGCAUUCAACCGGCACAGAACGUGGUGGUGUCCAUCGUGGCUAUGGGCGAGGGCUGGCACAACUAUCAUCACUCGUUCCCGUGGGACUACAGGGCGGCCGAGCUCGGCGGAUACUCGUUGAACACGACCACGCUGUGGCUAGACCUAUUCGCCGCCAUCGGUUGGGCGUACGAUCUCAAGACGGCGUCCAAGCAGCUCAUUCAGCAGGUGGCCGUCAAUCAAGGCGACGGAAGCUGGCGACAGGAACCGGAAACGGCGCACGCACGGGACUAUAAGACUUCAUAAACACUAAUUUAUUACAAUAUAAUAUUUUAAUACAUCAUUACGUUAUAAACGUUACGAUUAUUAUUAUCAUCAUCAUUAUUAUUAUUAUUUAACACGCGUGUGAGUGUGUUUGCAUGCGUGUAAAUGUGUGUGUUGUGUGUGUGUGUGUUAAAUGUUGAAUUUAACGUGUUGUAUACUUACGUAUAAUAUAAUAUAAUAUUAUACUAUUUUAUUAAUAUAGGUACCUAUUUUAUAUAAUAUUAUAAUAUGUACAGUGUACACGUGUAUUAUAUGUUACGAAAUAAUUUCUAAGAUACUUUAGAGUACCAUUAUUAUUAUACUUAUUACUAUUUUAGAUUAUAUUCAAUGGGUAUCGUUAUAUUAUAUUGUUAUCAUGUUGUUUCGUAUACUGCACUGCCCGUAGCCUUGCGGGAAUCCAAAACGGCAAAACGGUAACGACGGUAGAUUAAUACGUCACAAUAUUAUUCGUAUAUUUCGAUUGCUGCAUAAAUUAAAAUAUACGAUCUUGUGCAAACGGGCCACCCGAACUUGGUGUUUAGUGCGUUUAGGCCGUAUACGAAAGACUGGAUACGACAUAGAGACUAUUAUAGUUAUUAUUAUGAUAUUAUAUAAUAAUGUAAGCACGCGGUAGUUUUAUACGAACUCUUUCGUUCGUUUAGCUUAUUGCUUUCGAGCUCAAAUCAUAUUUUAUAACAAACAAAAUGAUUCCCGUGGAGUAGAAGACAAAAUAUUAUAAUAACCUGUUAUACUUUAUCGCCGCCGAAUAAAAGUGAUAUCGCUAAAAUCGUAUCCAAAAAAUAUAAUAUUCCCAUCACCUGAGCGCAUUUGACUGGACGUCCUCCCUCGUUGUCGCUCAUCGUAAUAUUAUAUUAUAUAUAGGUAUAACAGCGGGACCUAUAUCUUGAUUUUCCCGCAAACCUAUUAGGUAUAUACAUUAUAUGUUAGGUACAUGGUAUAAUAUUAUUGUCAUAGUAACCACAGCUGUAUACACGGUUAUAUUAUAUCCCAUUGCAUUGCAUUGUAAGGCAGAAGCCGACCGACGUUAAAAAAACAACUGUUCUUUUUGUGUU